CAGUCGAGAGAGCAUCUCCUAAACAGACACAAGCAUAAUCUAAAGUCACCAUGCCUGUUCCUCAGAGAAGACUUAAUGGUGUAACCCAGUCUCUAUGGGUCAUUGUGGUGGUUAUUUUGGCCUUGGUGCCAAAAACUGAAAGCAUCACCGUUGCAGAAAAACAAGCGAUCAAGAAAGGCUUGCAAACUGGGAAAGAGAUUUUGGGUUUAAUAGCAGACCAUAAAUUUCAUGAAACAUUAACAAAAGUUGCGACAGAGGUAAAAGGGUUCCUUGGCGCUUUGGGUCCAUUCAUUGGCCUUGUUAUGACAUUCGUGCCAUCUGCAGAUUCAGCAGAGUUGGAAUUCAUGAAAAAUAUGAUGACAGAAAUUGACAACCACUUCGACCGAGUAGAUUCCCGCUUUAAUGAUGUUGAACGGUUAAUUAAGUGGACUGAAACAGCUGUUAAAUUUGGGGAAAUAGAAACAGCACUCAAUGCUUUGGAGGAAGAAUAUCGUCUUUUUUAUAAAAGUACUGCGUCGUCAGAAAACGUGAAAGAGUUAUUUAUAAAGAGAUACGACAGCAAUUAUAGGCUUGCAGGCACAAAAUUGUACCAGGCAUUAGUUAACCCAGGAGGCACCUUCAAUGAAAAUCUUGGACAGGCCGUUAUGAGGUACACAAAAAAUGACCGCAAGAAGACAGAAGAUUUUCUUCUUGGAAUUUUUGAUAUGAUUUUCCAAGCAAUUCGACUUGAAGCUGGUUAUCACGAAAUGAUUGGUUUUACAACCAUAAAAGAAGAAAGGAAUAAAGAAUGGGAAACACGAGUACAAAAAGUAAGAGAGAAACAAGACGAGAUUGACGUUGCUGUUAUGAAUAGUUACCAUGCCCAGUCUAAAGAUGAAAUAUUAGAUUAUGCCAGGGAUAAUUCCGGAAUGAGUAAUGAACAAUUAAGUAAAGGAUUGUUGAGUUUACUUGAGAAAAAAUAUUAUUGGCGGGUGUGGUUUGUUUUAAUUUACAAUCCGAUUACUGGUUCAAAUAAGCAUACAGUGAAAGUAUGCGACGGACAUUUAUUAUUUCGACAAUACGGACGUAACAUCGUUAUAGCAAGCAAGGACAAAGCGCAACCAAACAUGAAUCUGGAUAACGCUAAGAGAGAAUUGCAGAAGUUUUCCUAUAGACUUGUUCCUGGACCCUUCCGUGGCUACCUAAAGCAAACCUUCUAUGGCAAUACAAGACUGUCUAGCCUCUACAAUGCCGAAGAAUACUUCAACAAAGCUGAUAAAACAAGUUGCUGUGGAUUUGCUGUCGUGGAUAAAAAUGCUAAUGUAUUUUACAAAGCCAGUGAGAACAGAGUAGCAAACCGUGAUUUUUUUGCAUAUAAAAUGUUCAUGUUUGGUUAA